GCCAGGCACUGAAAUCUAAAGCUGGGUACUAUAAUAUCAACAUAUAGCUAUGAUAUCGGAUCACAUUUAUGACCUUUUCCAGUGGUCUCAUGUAAAUGUUGAAUAAAAUUCAUCAUUUUAUUGGGCUGAUUUCUCCCACCUACCAACAUCUUGGAAAUGGCCCAGUUGCUUAAUACCAGCGGGCAGAAAUACAGACUCUGUCAUGUGAAGCAGAUCCUCCUAAGCAGGAAGAGUAAUCCCUUUGUGUUCCGUUACUUCCUCGCUAGCUCGCUUAGCCUUCAAAAUCAAAGAAUUUGCAUUAAACAUCUCUUUCCAGCCCCUUUCAACACUCCUCUAACGCUAAACUGAAUUCUUACUCGGCUGCAUGUAAUCCUCAAGAACCGGCGGUGGCACAUCUUCUCCCGAUCCAGCCUUUCCCCUUCCCCCAGGGGGGAUUAAAAUUAGCCGUGGAGUGGAAAGAGGCGAUAUAGCUUAUUGAACGGAACAAAGACUUACUUCUGAUGUUUAGAAAGUACAGAAGCAGUUUGCAUAACUGAAACUGGGCUAGGAAAUGACGUCGCGGGAAAUGUUUUCUGGGAGCACAAGCUAUGCUACCUUUUGAAAUUGCCCCGGCCAAUUAUGCAGGGACGAGCCGCUGGUCGCUGAGCCGAGCGAAGCCUCUCCGCUUUCGCUUCCCCGACCAGGCUCGGGCGCCGUUUCGUGGGACCCACCGCCAUGGCGACCUCUCCUCAGAAAUCGCCUGCUUCCCCCAAGUCUCCGACCCCCAAAUCGCCCCCUUCUCGGAAGAAAGAUGACUCCUUCCUCGGAAAGCUCGGAGGCACCCUGGCCAGGAGGAAAAAAGCCAAAGAAGUGUCUGAACUACAGGAAGAAGGAAUAAAUGCCAUAAAUUUACCACUCAGUCCAAUUUCUUUUGAAUUAGAUCCAGAAGAUACUAUGUUAGAGGAAAAUGAAGUCCGAACAAUGAUUGAUCCCAAUUCAAGAAGUGACCCAAAACUACAGGAGCUAAUGAAGGUGUUAAUAGACUGGAUUAAUGAUGUGUUAGUAGGAGAAAGAAUAAUUGUAAAAGAUCUGGCUGAAGACAUGUAUGAUGGACAAGUACUGCAAAAACUCUUUGAAAAGCUUGAGAGUGAGAAACUCAAUGUGGCUGAAGUCACACAGUCUGAAAUAGCUCAGAAACAGAAGCUACAGACAGUCCUUGAAAAGAUCAAUGAAACCCUUAAGCUUCCUCCAAGGAGCAUCAAAUGGAAUGUGGACUCUGUCCAUGCAAAAAGCCUAGUUGCAAUAUUGCAUCUUUUAGUUGCAUUGUCGCAGUAUUUUCGGGCCCCAAUCAGACUGCCAGAUCACGUGUCUAUUCAGGUUGUGGUUGUCCAGAAGCGAGAAGGAAUCCUCCAGUCCCGACAGAUCCAAGAGGAAAUAACUGGCAACACUGAGGCAAUGUCAGGACGGCAUGAACGAGAUGCAUUUGACACACUGUUUGACCAUGCCCCAGACAAACUCAAUGUUGUGAAAAAGACUCUCAUUACUUUUGUGAAUAAGCACCUCAAUAAGCUGAAUCUGGAAGUUACAGAACUAGAAACUCAGUUUGCAGAUGGUGUAUAUCUGGUGCUCCUGAUGGGUCUUCUUGAAGGUUAUUUUGUGCCUCUUCACAGCUUCUUCCUAACUCCUGACAGUUUUGAACAAAAGGUACUCAAUGUCUCAUUUGCAUUUGAGUUAAUGCAAGAUGGAGGGCUGGAAAAACCAAAACCAAGGCCAGAAGACAUUGUCAACUGUGACUUGAAGUCAACGCUGAGAGUGCUUUACAAUCUGUUCACCAAAUACAGAAACUUGGAAUGAAGAAAAAGCACAUCAGGAAGCCACGGGUGGCAAAAUUGGAACCAAACAAAAAAGCUCGCCUUUCUUUGCUGUCAUUCUCAAUUUACACUACACUUUCUUCAAAAGAAAGGGCACUGCUUCUUGGAAUGUUCUCUGUUAUUAAAUUUCAAUAUUUUUAUUAGGACAAUUUGAAUUCAGAAAUAUUAGAAAGUGAAAUCUGCUGGAAGGUAAUAGGUUUGAUUGGGAAAAAGCAGGUUGCUAUGUGAAUUAACUCUUGGUUUUAACUGCCUUUUAGUUUCUUAGAGAAUAAGCACCAGGCACAAAUCCUGAUCCACAACCAAGCUAAGCUAAAUUACUGCCAAACAAGAAAUAAGAAUCUGCUCCAAUGAGCUAUUUGGAAGGAAACCUCAUGCACACUGUUUUUAUAUAUCUGAGGAGGAUCCGUUUCCUUGUGCAAGACACUGUUUCAUUUGCCCAAACUUCUCUAAUGCUUCUCCCUUUUGUCAUGGGGUUCCUCCCUGCCACACUAAGGACAUAAUUGGAGACCCAGACUUUGACUGCAUUGGGCUUUUUUCAUCAGUACUGGAGCUGAAACAGAGUUCUAGUCUAUACUGUUUUUCCCUUAUAGUCACAGAGGUCAUGACUGAUAGGAACAAUAUCCCCCUUACUUAUAGCAGCACCCAAAAACUUUUAGCAUUCGUGCCACAAAUUGCUCUUUAAGGUAUAGAUGGUCCAUGGAAUGAUGUAAGUUGAAAUUUGCCAGUUUAAUUAAGUUAUGGGUUCUACUACAUAUUCUCUCCUCCCUCCCCUCUUUCUGCAUGUUGAAUGUUUAUUUGGGGCAAAUGAUCCAUUUUAUUUAUGAUUCAAAGGACAUGAGAAAGGGAAGGAGGGAGCGGAAAGAAGAGGGAGAGAGAGACCAUGUAUAUAAUUUGAUGAUGCAAAUAAAACAACUUGUGUCACUAUAUGGGGCCAACCUUUUGUUCCCAUUAUAUACAUUCCACAUAUUUUUUUUCAUUCCUAUAAAGUCUGCAUGAAUAUAUGCAAUUGUGCACUUAAAAUAAUAUACACUAUAGUAUCUUUGGUAGUAAAAUAAUCUUGUUUACUUGCAAAGACUGAGGUACGAAAUAUGCACAUACUUUAAAAGUGUGGAAAAUAUACAGCAAGAAAGUCAAUACGGUGCCAUAAAAGUUUGGAAAUAUAGUGUGGGUUUGUUCUGUCAGGGUACUGAAAGAAAAUAAAAAUAAGCUUUGUUUACUUAAUGAUAAUGAAAAGGAAAGAAUAUAAUUGAUAACAGUAAGAUAGAUUUAAAGAAAUACAAAAGAAAUAACAAAAACACAGAAAGAGAAGUGUUUAUGUUUAACUUGUUUUCUGAAUACCUCAGAUGAAUGAGAAAUUCUAAACAUUUACAGAAAACCAGACAAUGCUGUACUGUUGGUUUUGAGCAACAGAACUAGCUUGCAUACAGAAAAGUAUAAAUUUUUAGUAUAAUAUAUUUUUAUUCAACUUGAUUUACACUUAUUUUUUAUUGAAAUUUUAGAGCAGUUUAAAAAUGUAUUCUCUAUGGAAACUGAUAAACUUAAAUGUAAAAUAAUAGUCUCUACCUAUUUUAUAAAGUUAGAUUCUGAUUUUAAAUAAAUCUUUCAUUUAGUGUCUUUAGGUAUUGCACAGUAACUUUGCUUUUGUAGUUGGAAGAAAACUGUUCACGUGAUAAUAAGGUCAUCAUGCCUUUUGUCUUCUAGAAGUUGAGACAGUGCUAUAAGUAUUCAAUGGCCCAGAUCCAAUUUCAUCCAAAACUUCACUGUAGUAAAUUUGGCAUGAAGUAUUUUAUAGGGCAGUGAUGGCAAAUCUUUUAGAGACCCAGUGCCCAAACUGCAACCCAAAACCCACUCAUUUAUCAUUGGGUGCUGAGUGGGUGUGGCCACGAUGGUCAUGGCAGAUUGGGUGGGAGGGGCCAUGGUGGCAGGGGCCAGUCCCUCGCCAUCUCCACGUGCCAUAGGUUCGCCACCACUGUUAUAGGGUUUGUAUAUUGCUCAAAUUACUAUAAGAAUUGUUUAUGAGGGGUUACGUGCCCAAGUAAAACCUUUGUUCAUAUAUUCAAAUGUGAUUUAUUACAUGCCAUUAUUCCUUGUAUGAGGAUUGUGAUAUAGAUGAUAUAUAAAAUAUGUCUAAAUUAUUUUAUGAUAUGUUCAAGGGGACUAGUUCUCUGUGAAUUCUUGAUCCUUGAACUUUGCCCAUUGUCAGCAGACAGGUUACGUUUAAGGUUCAGAGAUAUUGAGUAGACCCUAGCUCAGAAAGUGACUUUUUUCUAAAAUUCUUUUGGAUGUUGGAUUCUGGAUUUAUGUUCAGUUUUAUUCCAUCUCCUUGAACAGCAACAUAUUUUGCCAUGUGCAGAAGCUCCAGGGAAAAGCUGGAUGCUGACUGCUUACAUUGCAAAAUCAAAGUUAACGUUGUGACAGGGAAAGAUUGGAAUAGUUGAUGAUUGCCAAGAAGAGCAACAAUUCCUCAUCAGGACAUUACUUAUGCUAAGUAAGGGGGAAGGGAAAGUUACAUCAUGCCAACCAUUUAUGAUCCUUUUUUCGAAAAAGAGAAAAAAGCACAACAUUGAUAAGCUUGAACUCUUGUGGCCAAUCUAGCCAAUUUACAUAAAAUGUAAACAAGCAAUUGUUUUUAAAUGCAAUUUUCUUACAAUAGGGUAACAUAUCCAAUGUAAAGGUGAAACAAUAAGCAUCCCUUGUUAUUAUCGGAUGCAACUUAACUGUUUAAUUUUAUAAAUAAAGUUUGUGUUUUUUCCACUAAAGGAACAAAUUCUUGAAAAAUGUUUAACUAGUCAACAAAAAGUAAAGCAAGCAAAACUGUACCAAAAAAAAAAA